AUGUCAUAUAGCAUAAUCGAUGGCUCACAUUUUCGUGGUGGUAUUAUUUCAUGGCGCCCGUUGAAUAGUACACCAUCGGGUAGCAGUGCGGAUAUUCUCAUACAUCAACGAUACUUUUUUGAUCGAAAAGCGACCUAUUUCGGUGGUCCACCUUAUUGUACGGAGGCAGAUGUUACUGCUCAAACAACCAUUCCAGUCGCUGGCACGAUGAGCUGUAUGGCAAAUUGCUCAAGUUCAACUUAUUCUGGACUUUCGAUUGCUGUGCAAACUACAGAUUGUAACACGCUUCCGAUUAUUUCAUCAUGGGGUGGUGAACGUUACGAUUUAGUAUCAUUGCCAUUGACAACAUCGAUUGCAAUGGGUUUUGCCGGAAGUGCCUGGUUGACUGCUCUGUAUGGCGGUGGUACUGGUUGGUCAGUUGUUAAUCGAUUGAACUUAGGUUUGAGACCCGAUGGUUUUAUCAAUAGUAGUCCAGUGACAACGACACUACCAGUAGUAUUUUAUCCCAUAGCCACACGAAUUACUCAUAUUAUACAAAUGGCAGAUAAUGAUGGUACUGACAUAUUACAAUGUCGCUGGUCUACUUCAGCUAGUGGAAGCAAUUACAAUCGAGCAGAUGAAUGUUCAGGUGUUUGCAGUGCAUUGCCAGCUGGAUAUGUCUUAACUGGAUCCAAUUGUACAGUGUCUUUUACCCUGCCAACUGCUAAUCUAUAUUAUGCAUGCUCCAUUCAAAUUGAAGAUUAUUAUAACAGUGCUGCUACAAGUCCAAUGAGCUCUGUUCCAAUCGUAUUUUUAUUCUACGGAUAUACAGCUUCUGGUACUGCAUGUUCACAACGUCCUCAAAUCAUUGGUGUACGACCAAACCGAGCCUGUAUUGGUGUUCCCAUUGGUGUUCAACUGAAUGAAACAAUAAUUGUUCAAACAUACUGUCCCGGCCAAGCUAUUGUUGAUUUCGUCACUAGUUCACCACUCGGAAUGCAGCACAGUGCCAUUCUUAAUCCAAGUGCUAAUACAUGGACAAUGGUGUUGACAUGGACACCGCAAGCAUCACAGGCUGGUCCUCAAGGUUUCUGUGCUGGUGCUGUCGACAAUAGUAGUUUACAAUCAGAUCCAUGGUGUAUAACAUAUCUAGUUGACUAUACAUCACCAAACAUCAUUCGUCCGACAGUUGUGCAAGGAUCUGCAAGUCCAGUCGGCACUGUCUUUGCAAAUCAAUCAAUGUUUUCUAUUCAAGCAACAAGUUUAGUUGGUCGUCCAACUCGUAACAACACAAACGUUUGCUUUCAUAAUGCUACUUCGAACGCAACAGUUCUAUGUUAUGAUGCUGGAUAUUCACCGAAUGUGAUCUACACAGGAUACACGAUUGUUAUUGUUACAAAUCUCACAUGGACAGCCGGUGCGUUUUACUAUGUAACAAUGGAUAGUGGUUUUGCAAGUGGAAGCGUGUUUUGUCAUGCGGAGUCAGCACCGAUCACAGAUCCGACGUUUUGGGUAUUCAAUAUUUGGAAUCCGGCAGUUUCCAGCACGACCACAACGACGACGACACCCUUCACAACCGCAACGGUGACAACAAAACCAACAUCAACAACCAGUAUCAAUACUCUUUUGACAACAACUGGUAUUGUCGUAACAACAACAACACCUAUCACAACUAACGCAACAACUACAACUACUUCACCUCCAACUACAACUGCUCCAACAACAGCAGGUCCAACGACAUCGGGCGCAACAACUGAAUCUACAGUUGCUGUGAUGUACCCCAAAGAUUUGGAAGAUGCUUGCAAACAAACAGUCGCCACUAUGACAGCUGUCUUCUCAGUUGUAUUGAUGCCUGUUUAUGCUUUAGCCAUGUAUGCUGUAUUCACCAAAGUAGCAAAUACAUUCAAUCCUGUCAAGAUUCAGGCCAAUACUCGACACAAACUACGAAUGAAACGCAUUCUUCAUUAA